AUGAAGGUUCUCACUGCUGGAGCGACUCUACAGACCAAAAAGCUGGAAAAAGACACGGACAAAGAAGAGCUCGUUACGGCACUUCGGCAACAUUGCAAGAUGGAGAUAUCACAAACGUAUCCUAUAUUUGUCCUACUUGCAGGAUUCUACAAACAAAGUCUAACGCUAAACUUGAACGAGUGCAGUGCAAAGCCAGUCAAGAAAUUCGGAACUCUCGAUCUUGGCCUCAACUUCAACACCGUUAGAGCAAACAUUGAGCUGAUUGACGCCACUAUUCCUCUGGAUCGACAAGGAUGGUACCACGGAUCGAUAAGUCGAAUAGAUGCUGAGAAAAUCUUACGACCUUUGGGGGAAGGAAGCUUCCUGGUUCGCAACAGCGAAUCCACGCGACAGGACUAUUCGCUCACCUUGAAGAGUGCAAAAGGAUUCAUGCACAUGCGAAUACAGCGUGACCACGAAACCGGCCAGUUCAUCCUGGGCCAGUUCAGUCGACCCUUCCCGACCAUUCCGGACAUGAUUCGGCACUUCUGUCUGAACCGGUUGCCGGUGCGCGGGGCUGAGCACAUGUGCCUCCUGGAGCCGGUCAUUGCACAGAUCCUGUAAGUGUUGCUGUAUUUACCACCCCGGAGGCGACGGUGGGAUACAUCGUUUGAACGUAGAGAUGUUUAGCCAAACACACAGAUCACAACACCCGUAGAAACCAAGUAGAUUUGCUAUAGAGUUUGAAAUCCUGUAGAGUUGGGAUGGGUGAUUUGUUUUUCAAAUGCAACCUAGAGGAAAAAAUAGUACGUUUGAAAAAUGAACCACAUCCUGUUAAACCUGCAGAAGUCAGUUCUUUUCUAUUAGUAUUAUGAAAUGGCAAAAAGGGAGUUGUUCAAAGCGAAGCAGAUGGAUCAGAAUGGAGAAAACGGAUGAUGGGAUCGAUUUAAGUUCCUUACUACCCCGAAACGUUCGAUUUCGUUUCCUACUUGUGUACUAUUUUGAAUUGUGACAAUAACUGUUUCUUUUUUCAUAAAGAGCACAUUGUAUAGAACAGAGGGAAAGCAUUCGGCGGAGCGCAUUUGGGAAUAGCGUUAUCAAAUCAUACAGUACUAACGAACGAUAAGUCAGGCCGAAUAAAUGAUCGUAAUUUUGUGAUAAAAACCGACUUUGUUGAACCUUCACACAGUAAUCAGUAAGAGUAUUGGUUCCAAGUUUCAAAUCCUGCAUGUAAGUUGUGCAAUUAUGGUUUCACUAGUUGGACAUUGUGUUACCGGAAGAAAUAUGGAAGCAGAAAUAAGAAUAGCUGGAAUAGAAUUGCCAAAAUAGGUUUGUGAAAUGGGAGCGUUUGCAAUUUUAUAUAUUUAAAUUAGGCGAAAAACCAGUGCAAUAGAAAUAGAAGUCAAGACAGGUACUUUGCUACCCAACUAACGGAGAAAAUGCAUCCGCAUCAUCAGGAGCAACAAAAUAAGCAAAAAAAUAAGUUAAUCAGAUUGAAACACCAAAAUCUUGUUUUUAAACACAAUGCACUUUUUAAUUUUGCAUUUCCAGAACAAUAUUUAACAGAAGCCAAAAACAUUUUCAGCACUUGAAAAUGCAGUUUGUAGUGAUAAGUUUAAGAGGAAAACCUUUGAACCUGUAUUUAUCCAACUGAUCAACAACUUGGAAUGCAUUUCGACAGCUGUAUAGAGUGUAGAAUAGUGGUUUGAUUACCUCGUCUUGCAUCAGAUACCAUGAAGAAAAAAAAAUACUACUGUUUUUCGGUGGACGAUCGAGUCGAUGCUAUUAAAUUUGAAAACAAGAAAAAAUACACAAAAUACACAUAUUAAAACAAAUCACGUAGUGAUGGAAAAAUACACAUUAUUGAAAUGGAAAAUAUAUUGAAAAAUAUUGA